AUGAUGCGUGAUACACCCUCCAAGUUCAUCGAGAUUCUCGAUCCCAAGGAUUUGCACCUGCACGACUCGGAUGUCCGGCUCGAGGAUGUCCUCGCCGACCACGAGGCGACCAUCAACCGCCCAAGAUCGUCGACGCAAUCCACCGUCAAGCCAGACCAGAGCUACCUGGCGCGAGCCAAUUCCACAUCUCCCACCCAACGAUGGAAACGACUCAGUAGUAUUCUGGUCCAACCGCGACGCUCUUCCUGA